AUCAUCUAAAACCCUCCAAAAAGUCGAAAAACCGGGACAGGCUGGGGUCGUGUCUUUUACUCAUACGCAUUGGAUAGACGUAGCGAUAGGAAGGAUCCCUCGUCUGUCGCUCUCCAACGUAGCCCCUAUUCCUCUACCUGGAAUCGGAAUCCAACGCAAGGCGAACGACACCUGCCGCCCCGAUCCGAUUCUCCCAAAAACUGAAGCAAAGUAGACUAGAGCUGGAUCGGAGAGAACGAAUCGAAACCCUAAAACCCUAAUCGCUUUGGAGUCAUGAGGAACGAAUGAAGGAAUGAAAGAUGCCUCCAAUCGUCUCUUCCUCAUCGGAUUCGUGCUAGCGGCGGCGCUCUUGGUUCUUCCCUCUCCGCCGGUGGGCUCUCCUCGUCUGCCUCCUCCGCUGCCACCGCUCGAGGACGAUAAGAGUAUUCUCCUUGGCCCUUCGAUCCCGAACGCCACCGGAAACCUCGAGAUCCCAAAAGUCUCCGCCGCCGCCCCAAUGUCCAAGGCUCGUGUCUUCGCGGAUGUCAACGUCCAUCGCCCCAAGGAGUACUGGGACUACGAGUCUCUCACCGUCCAGUGGGGUGAUCAAGAUGAUUAUGAGGUUGUUCGGAAGGUUGGAAGAGGGAAAUACAGCGAGGUCUUUGAGGGCAUAAAUGUAUCCAAUAAUGAGCGUUGUGUAAUCAAGAUACUCAAGCCUGUCAAGAAGAAGAAGAUAAAGAGGGAGAUUAAAAUACUUCAGAACCUUUGUGGGGGUCCAAAUAUUGUCAAGCUGCUUGAUAUUGUCAGAGAUCAGCAUUCAAAGACUCCUAGCUUGAUAUUUGAAUAUGUAAACAGCACAGAUUUUAAAGUGUUAUACCCCACACUGACUGAUUAUGACAUCCGCUACUACAUUUAUGAGCUUCUCAAGGCACUAGAUUACUGUCAUUCUCAAGGAAUUAUGCAUCGAGAUGUCAAGCCUCACAAUGUCAUGAUUGAUCAUGAGCUUCGAAAACUUCGUUUGAUAGACUGGGGACUUGCUGAGUUUUACCAUCCUGGCAAGGAAUACAAUGUUCGUGUUGCUUCAAGAUAUUUCAAGGGGCCUGAACUCCUUGUUGAUUUACAAGAUUAUGACUACUCCUUAGACAUGUGGAGCCUUGGAUGCAUGUUUGCUGGAAUGAUUUUUCGCAAGGAACCCUUCUUUUAUGGCCAUGACAACCACGAUCAGCUUGUCAAGAUUGCUAAGGUAAUUGGAACAGAUGAAUUAAAUGCUUAUUUGAACAAAUAUCGCUUGGAGCUUGACCCACAACUUGAAGCUCUUGUUGGAAGGCACAGCAGAAAACCUUGGUCUAAAUUUAUUAAUGCAGACAAUCAGCAUCUAGUUUCUCCAGAGGCAAUUGAUUUUCUUGAUAAGCUUCUUCGCUAUGAUCACCAGGAUAGGCUUACAGCACGGGAAGCUAUGGCACAUCCAUAUUUCCUUCAAGUGAGAGCUGCUGAGAAUAGCAGGACUCGCACGCAGUAACGUUGGCACAUGGAAGUUGAAAUCGAUGUAUGUUGUCAAUUAUGAAUGAUGUCAUUAUUGAUUGGUAGUACUUGGUUUUAUACAAGUUUGCUGCCUCGUAGUACUCAUCAAGCAACAGUGGACUGUUGUGCACACUGCGUCACUUUUUGAGCAAUAUUUGAGUGCAUGAAUGUUCUGUCCCUUUGCCCCGGUU